CAUGCGAUGACGACACACGCAGGAACAUGGACGGAUGAGCGGCAAAACAAACUUUCAGAGAACCAUAAGGUUGUUUGUGAGCCACUCCCUCCCCCUCAUUUCUUACCAUCAAGGCUGAACUUUCCCCUAGAUCCCAAACAUACACUCACAGAGGGUCCACUCUGUUAAAUGGCUCUGUUGUGGCUGUUUGCUGGCCAGUUGUAAAGAGAAGAGCAUAUGAGUACUAUGUGUACGCAUUCCAUUACCAGAGAAGGUCUGGACACUGACUGACCGACGCUUCCCUCAAAGUUGAACACUUACAAAACUCGGGACAAAAAUAAAAGGAACCUCUUACUCGUAUAGCCCAAUUGAAUGCAUCAUCGAGGUCCACAGGGUGAGAGAGAUGCCAUCACAAACACCCACGACAGACUGUUCAGGGAAAAACUUUCCUCCAAUGGACCCGAAAUCAGCUACUUCAUCAACUACUAGUGAUCCCACUGACCAAUCAAAAAGCACAGAAGCAGCUGUUUCCAACACUUUUCCCAUGGAAACCAAUAAGUCAUAUAGGCCCAAAUUUGGUUCCAGUGUUCAAGCUAAAGAGAGAAUGAAGUUUAUUCUGGGAGCUUCUGAGGAUAAUUCCUCUGAUGAUGAGACUUUGGUUAUGGGCCAGGCCGCCAAACCUCAGCCCAAAAGCACAGAGACACCUAACACACUACCCACCACGUCAUCAGAAGUGGCACCACCCCCGAACCCAUCAGCCUGUUUGAGGCCUAGCAUGUCAGGCCCCCACCUGCUGAAAAAGGGCAAAGAACACAGGAAGAUGGACGUGCACAGAGAUUUCACUGUUGCCUCCCCAGCUGAGUUUGUCACUCGCUUUGGAGGAAACCGCAUUAUAGACAAGGUGCUGAUUGCUAAUAAUGGCAUUGCUGCAGUUAAAUGCAUGCGUUCAAUUCGACGCUGGUCCUUUAUAGUUAUCGUUCUUGAAAAGAUUGGCUACCCUGUGGUAAUCAAAGCAUCAGAGGGAGGUGGAGGGAAAGGCAUCAGAAAAGUGGACAGUUCCGAAGACUUUCCCAACUUUUUCAGACAGGUGCAGGCUGAGGUGCCAGGUUCCCCUAUUUUCAUCAUGCAGCUAGCCGAGCAUGCGCGCCACCUGGAGGUGCAGAUCCUGGCUGACCAGUACGGUAACGCUAUCUCUCUGUUCGGCAGAGACUGUUCCAUCCAGCGCCGCCACCAAAAGAUCAUAGAAGAAGCUCCUGCUACCAUUGUCUCCACCACCACUUUUGAGCAAAUGGAGAAGUAUGCAGUGCGUCUGGCUAAAAUGGUGGGCUAUGUAAGUGCUGGUACAGUGGAGUAUCUGUUCACUGAGGAUGGAAGUUUCUACUUCCUGGAGCUGAAUCCACGGCUACAGGUGGAACACCCCUGCACUGAGAUGAUUGCUGACGUUAACCUUCCUGCUGCACAGCUACAGAUAGCGAUGGGAAUCCCUCUUUACAGAAUUAAGGAUAUCCGUGUCCUGUUUGGUGAAGCUCCAUGGGGAGACGCACCUAUUAACUUUGAAUCUCCAGAAUGCAUCCCCUGUCCACGGGGACAUGUCAUAGCUGCACGCAUCACCAGUGAGAACCCAGAUGAAGGCUUUAAACCAAGCUCUGGCACAGUUCAGGAGCUGAACUUCCGCAGCAGUAAAAACGUGUGGGGUUACUUCAGUGUAGGAGCAACCGGAGGCCUACACGAGUUUGCAGACUCUCAGUUUGGACAUUGUUUCUCCUGGGGUGAGAACCGAGAAGAGGCCAUCUCAAACAUGGUGGUAGCCAUGAAGGAGCUGUCAAUCAGAGGAGAUUUCAGGACCACAGUGGAGUAUCUCAUCAAGCUACUAGAGACGGAGAGUUUUAGGAACAAUGACAUCGAUACUGGCUGGCUAGAUCACCUUAUUGCAGAGAAAGUGCAGGUGGAGAGGCCAGACACCAUGUUAGGUGUGGUAUGCGGUGCUCUACAAGUUGCUGAUGCAAGUUUUAGAGAGAGCAUGUCUGACUUCCUGCAUUCACUGGAGAGGGGUCAGGUGUUGCCUGCUGCUAGUCUCGUCAACACAGUCAAUGUUGAUCUAAUCUAUGAUGGAGUCAAAUACUGCUUACAGGUGGCUCGCCAGUCACCCACCACGUAUGUUAUCAUAAUGAAUGAUUCAGAUAUUGAAGUUGAUGUCCAUAGACUCAGUGAUGGCGGUCUACUACUUUCCUAUGGUGGCAGCAGCUACACAACCUACAUGAAAGAGGAGAUUGACAGCUACCGCAUCACAGUGGGCAACAAAACGUGUGUGUUUGAGAAAGAGCGAGACCCUACGGUGCUCAGGUCACCCUCUGCUGGCAAGCUGUUGCAAUAUGUAGUUGCUGAUGGUUCUCAUGUUCUGGCCACCCAGCCUUAUGCUGAAAUUGAGGUCAUGAAGAUGGUGAUGACCCUGCAUGUCCAGCAUUCAGGUUGCAUUCACUUUUUAAAAAGACCAGGAACAGUAUUAGAGCCUGGGUGUGUAGUGGCCCGAAUGGACCUGGAUGACCCUAGCUGUAUUCAGCCGGUAAAGCCGAAUACAGAGCCGUUACCAUCCCAGGAGCCUUUACCUGUUGUAGGGGAGAGGCUUCACCAAGUGUUCCACAGUGUUCUGGAGAACCUGGUGAAAAUUAUGGAUGGAUACUGUCUACUGGAGCCAUACUUCAGUCAAAAACUGAAGAAGUGGCUCGACACGCUGAUGAAGACUCUUCGGGAUCCAUCUCUACCUCUUCUUGAACUACAGGAGAUCAUGACCAGCGUGGCAGGGCGUAUACCAGUUACUGUGGAGAAGGCAAUUCGAAAGGUCAUGGCACAGUACGCCAGUAACAUUACCUCUGUGCUCUGUCAGUUCCCCAGCCAAAGGAUAGCAAACAUACUUGACAGCCAUGCUGCUACCCUUCAGAGGAAAGCUGACCGAGAGGUUUUUUUCAUGAACACUCAAAGCAUUGUGCAACUGGUACAAAGGUACCGAAGUGGCAUCAGGGGGUAUAUGAAAUCAGUUGUGCUGGAUCUUCUGAGACGGUACCUUCAGGUGGAGAUGCAGUUUCAGCAGGCUCAUUAUGAUAAAUGUGUCAUCAACCUAAGAGAGCAGUACAAGCCUGACAUGACUCCAGUACUGGAGUGCAUCUUCUCCCAUGCUCAGGUCUCCAAGAAGAACGUCCUAGUCACCAUGCUCAUAGACCAGCUCUGUGGCCGGGACCCGACUCUUGCUGAUGAGCUCAUGGUCAUUCUAAAUGAGCUCACACAACUCAGUAAAAUGGAUAACUCUAAAGUAGCACUUCGGGCCAGACUGGUGUUGAUUGCCUCUCAUCUGCCCUCAUAUGAACUCAGACAUAACCAGGUGGAAUCCAUCUUUUUAUCCGCUAUUGAUAUGUAUGGGCAUCAGUUCUGUCCCGAGAACCUCAAGAAACUCAUCCUGUCUGAAACCUCCAUCUUCGACGUCUUGCCCAGUUUCUUCUACCACAACAACCGGGUGGUUUGCAUGGCUGCCUUAGAGGUAUACGUACGGAGGGGAUAUAUAGCGUAUGAGCUAAACAGCCUUCAGCAUCAUCAGCUGCAGGAUGGAACAUGUGCAGUGGAUUUCCAGUUCAUGUUACCAUCAUCCCACCCUAACAGAGAGCCUUACGCCUCAUUGAGCCAGUCCGUGCCCAAACCCACAGGGAGCAGUCCUACUUUGAACAGAUUGUCUGUUCCUGUGAAUGAUACGGGAGAGUUUCAAACAAUGCGCCGUCAGGGCAGUGAGCUCUUCCUUGAGGGGGCGCUGUCGCCCCCCUGUCAGAGGAUGGGAGCCAUGGUUGCUUUCCAUAGUUUUGAACACUUCAAAAGGUGUUUUGAUGAAGUGAUCUGCCGCUUUGCGGAUCCGCUUUGUGAGAGUUCUCUGUUCUCUGAUGGCUGUUCCACCUGUGAUGGGGAGAGCUGUAAGAACAUGAAGGAAAAUCCCAUACACAUCAUAAAUGUGUCAAUCAAACAAGCAGACACUGAAGAUGAUGAUGCUUUAGUCAAAGAUUUCACUGCCUUUGCUAAUUCUAAAAAAACUCUGCUCUAUGAGUAUGGAAUCAGAAGAAUCACAUUUUUAGUUGCACAAAAGCGGGAGUUCCCGAAGUACUUCACGUUCAGGGCCAGAGAUGAAUUCCAUGAAGACAGAAUCUACCGUAACCUGGAGCCUGCUCUGGCCUUCCAGCUUGAGCUGAAUCGUAUGCGCAACUUUGAUCUGACGGCCGUUCCCUGUGCCCAUCACAGGAUGCAACUGUACCUGGGUGCUGCUCGUGUGGAAGAGGGUGCAGAGGUCACAGAUUAUCGCUUCUUUAUCAGAGCCAUCAUUCGCCACUCUGACCUCAUCACCAAGGAGGCCUCGUUUGAGUACCUGCAGAAUGAGGGAGAGAGGCUGUUGUUGGAAGCGAUGGAUGAGCUUGAAGUGGCCUUCAGUAACAUAACCACUCGUACUGACUGCAAUCACAUCUUUCUCAAUUUUGUACCCACUGUUAUUAUGGAUCCCUCAAAGAUAGAGGAGUCCGUCCGCUCAAUGGUGAUGCGGUACGGUAGUCGUUUGUGGAAGUUGCGUGUUCUCCAGGCUGAGCUAAAGAUCAGCAUCCGCCUCACCACCAGUGGAGAUGUCAUUCCCAUCCGCCUCUUCCUCACCAAUGAGUCCGGCUACUAUUUGGACAUCAGCCUAUAUAAGGAGGUCACUGACCCCUCCACUGGACAGAUAAUGUUCCAGUCGUUUGGAGACAAGCAAGGUCCACUGCACGGCAUGCUAAUCAACACACCGUAUGUCACAAAAGAUUUACUGCAGGCCAAACGCUUCCAGGCUCAGACCCUUGGCACCACAUACGUCUAUGACUUCCCUGAGAUGUUCAGACAGGCUUUGUUUAAGCUUUGGGGACCAGGAGACAGCUACCCUAAAGAUGUGUUGAUGUGUAAUGAACUCGUCCUGGAUUCUCAGGAGAGACUUGUGCAGAUGAACAGACUACCAGGAGACAAUGAGAUCGGCAUGGUGGCUUAUCGCAUGAAAAUGAAGACUCCAGAGUACCCAGAGGGCCGAGAUAUCAUUGUGAUCUGUAAUGAUAUUACCCAUAUGAUUGGCUCAUUUGGGCCCCAGGAAGAUGAGCUUUUUUUACGGGCAUCUGAGCUGGCCAGAGCAGAGGGGAUUCCACGUAUCUACAUCGCAGCCAAUAGUGGAGCUCGAAUCGGCCUGGCGGAGGAGAUCCGCCACAUGUUUCAAGUGGCUUGGAUCGACCCAGAUGACCCUUAUAAGGGAUUUAAGUACCUAUAUCUGACGCCUCAGGACUACACCCGCAUCAGUUCCUCUAAUUCUGUCCACUGUCACCAUGUAGAGGAGGGAGGCGAGUCCAGGUACAUCAUCACAGACAUCAUAGGGAAGGAAGAGGGUCUUGGAGUGGAGAACCUGAGGGGUUCUGGCACCAUAGCUGGAGAAACUUCUCAGGCUUAUAAGGAAGUCAUCACCAUAAGCAUGGUCACAUGUCGUGCUAUAGGAAUCGGUGCGUAUCUGGUACGUCUAGGACAAAGAGUAAUUCAAGUGGAAAACUCCCAUAUCAUCCUGACUGGGGCUGGGGCACUAAACAAGGUGCUGGGUCGUGAAGUCUACACCUCCAAUAACCAGCUGGGAGGGGUUCAGAUCAUGCACAACAAUGGAGUGACGCACAACAUUGUGCCAGAUGACUUUGAAGGGGUGCUAACUAUACUACAGUGGCUGUCCUACAUGCCAAAGAGCAAUCAAAGUCCUGUCCCAAUAAUGCCUCCUACUGAUCCAGUUGAGAGAGAGAUCGAUUUUGUUCCCACAAAAGCCCCCUAUGACCCUCGCUGGCUGUUGUGCGGACGACCCCAUCCCACUGUGAAGGGAGCAUGGCAGAGUGGGUUCUUUGACCAUGGUACAUUUAUGGAGGUGAUGGCUACCUGGGCACAGACAGUGGUGGUGGGUAGAGCCAGGCUUGGUGGGAUUCCUCUUGGUGUCAUUGCCGUUGAGACACGCACAGUUGAGGUUACCAUUCCAGCAGAUCCAGCCAACUUAGACUCAGAGGCCAAGAUCUAUCAGCAGGCUGGUCAAGUGUGGUUCCCAGAUUCAGCGUAUAAAACCGCUCAGGCUAUUGAAGAUUUCAACAGGGAGAAAAUUCCACUUAUGGUGUUUGCCAACUGGAGAGGCUUCUCUGGAGGCAUGAAAGAUAUGUAUGACCAGGUGCUAAAGUUUGGCUCUUACAUCGUGGAUGCCCUGCUUGAGUUCAACCAGCCUGUACUGGUUUACAUCCCUCCCCACGCUGAGCUGAGAGGAGGAUCAUGGGUUGUGAUCGACCCCACUAUAAACCCUCAGCACAUGGAGCUCUAUGCAGAUCGAGAAAGCAGAGGGGGUGUUCUAGAGGCCGAGGGCACAGUAGAGAUCAAGUUCAGAAAGAAAGACCUGCUAAAGACCAUGCAAAGGAUUGAUGCUGUGUAUUCCCGUCUGGCUGAGCAGCUAGGCAACCCGGAGUUACCAAGCCAGGAGCGUAAAGACUUGGAGGCCAAACUGAAGUCUAGAGAGGAGUUCCUUCUUCCCAUCUACCACCAGGUGGCGGUGCAGUUUGUGGACCUUCAUGACACUCCAGGAAGGAUGCAGGAAAAGAGUGUCAUCACGGACAUCCUGGACUGGAAGAACGCUAGGUCAUUCUUUUACUGGCGUCUGAGGCGACUGCUGUUGGAGGAGGUGGUGAAGGGGGAGAUCAUGCAGGCCAACCAAGAUCUGAGCAACGGCCACAUACAGUCCAUGUUACGCCGCUGGUUUGUGGAGACAGAAGGGACUGUAAAAGCGUAUCUAUGGGACAAUAACAAAGUGGUGGUAGAGUGGCUGGAAAACCAUCUGUCACAGCAGGAUGGAACAUGUUCAGUCAUCAGAGAGAACAUUAAAUACUUAAAGAGGGACUACGCUCUCAAACACAUCCGCAGUUUAGUCCAAGCCAACCCAGAAGUGACCAUGGACUGCAUCAUCCAGAUGGCACAGAACAUCACUCCCUCACAGAGAGCCAAAGUCUGCCACCUGCUGGCCACCUUGGACAACUCUACCAACAGCUGAUCACAUCCAUGCCAUUGAAAUAAACCUACAGAGAGAUGAUAUCCAAGUGGUAUUAUUAAUUAAUAGGGCUUUAAAAGUCUAAUUUAAAAGAAAAA